CUCGUGCACAUUUGUUUCCAGAGUGUCACAGGCAGCAUGAUCGGUGAAGGAGGCAGACCCUGAAAUAUGGCGCGGGUGGAGGAAGAGACGACGGGCAGCUCCAAUGGUGCCAUCCUGCAGGGGCACUCGAGACGACACGUGUGUGCGAUGUGCUUUAGUUCGGUUCUGAGGAGCUAAGCUACACGAGUCCUUGCCUCAUCUCUCACCGCAUUGAAUUUCUAAAAUCAUCCUGAUAAUUCCUCGCGAGCCCUUCGACGACCACAGCCUCUUCUGAAGCCGCUCCAUCACCUCGUAACAACAUGGCAGCUUAUCCACCCGGCGGUACCUACUUCGACGGCAAGAAGUCGUUCACCGAAGUCAACAUCGAUGCCUCCAAGGGCGAUGCUAUCAACACUACAGAAUUUCUCGAGGCCGCUGAGGCUCUGACGGGGCUCUUUGACGUGCUCGGCGGUGUAGCAUUCGGUCCAGUCAAGAGUGAUAUUGGCGGCAACAUCAAGAAGGUCCGCGACAGGCAGUUGGCAGCACCAGUGGAGGGCGAGACACUGCAGGACUUGGUCCGCAAUGAGCUCAAGACGAAGAAGCACACUGCUACGGAAGGAUUGGUGUGGCUCAACAGAGGCCUGGACUUCACCGCCCAAUCGCUCCGCCGCAACUUUGAUAAUCCGAACGAAGAGCUCGCUGCCUCAUUCCGCGACGGCUACGGCAAGACGUUGAAGCAACAUCACUCCUUCCUCGUGAAGCCAAUCUUCUCCGCUGCCAUGUCUGCGACACCGUACCGGAAGGACUUCUACGCAAAAUUGGGCGAUGAUCAAGAGCGAGUGAACAAGGAGCUCAAUGAAUGGCUCAAGGGGUUGGAGAAGGUCGUGGCAAUACUCAACACAUUCCUCGCUUCGAAGGAGGCGAAGUGGUGAGCAUAAAUUCCUCUGAAGGAUGUAGAAGACCAAGGCAGAGCAGGCAUGAACAGAUGAAAUAAAACUUGGAAAUAUGGAACCAGGCUCAUUUGGUGCCCCUUGCUCGAUCGACCUUGAGGCCUACCCGUUGAGCGAUACUAUCAGCAGCUACCUAUACGAGUCUUGCAGCGAAGCUCGAAUCGAGUGACUGAUUUAUGCAGCAGAUUUAGGGACAGUUCCCAUUCCUACUUCUUCAGAGCACGCGACAGCAUACCAC